GAAAACAUUUAGGAAUUAGAAAAAUUAAAUAAUAUCGUGUCAAUACGACACUACGAUCAGGGAUUUAUCUAAGAUUUGGCGAACGGUUUCUGGUUGUGUUUAAACUUUAUAUAAAUUUACUGUGUUUAUAAUUUAACUGUUAAAUAUUUUUGUAAUCACCUUAUUGUUGAUGAUUAAAGAAAGUAUAAUUUUUUAGUGAAAAUUAAUAUUUCUUACAAUUUUUUUGGAAUGCCGCGUAAUAAAGCAGUUGAAGAAACGGAUAAACAAAUCCGAAUCGCUAUUGUGAACAACGAUAAGUGUAAACCUAAAAGAUGUCGUCAAGAAUGCAAAAAAUCUUGUCCAGUUGUCAGAAUGGGAAAGCUGUGUAUAGAAGUAACACCCAAUGAUAAAAUAGCUUCAAUAUCAGAAGAAUUAUGUAUUGGUUGUGGUAUUUGUGUCAAAAAAUGCCCGUUUGAAGCUAUAACUAUCAUUAAUUUACCUAGCAAUUUGGAAAAGGAUACAACCCAUAGGUAUUCUAAAAAUUCUUUUAAAUUGCAUAGAUUACCUACACCAAGGCAGGGUGAAGUGUUAGGUUUGGUUGGGACUAAUGGUAUUGGAAAAUCUACAGCACUAAAAAUACUUGCAGGCAAACAAAAGCCUAAUCUUGGGCGUUUUUCUGAUCCACCUGAUUGGUCUGAAAUAUUAAAUCAUUUUAGAGGAUCAGAGUUACAAAAUUAUUUUACUAAAAUUUUAGAAGAUGAUUUAAAAGCUAUGAUAAAACCACAGUAUGUUGAUCAAAUUCCUAAAGCUGUUAAAGGUACUGUUCAACAGUUAUUGGAUAAGAAAAAUGAAAGAAAUAAUAUUGAAGAAAUAUGUGAUUUCCUCGAGUUGGAUAAAAUUCGUGAUAGAUCUAUUGAACAACUCUCAGGGGGAGAGUUACAGCGGUUUGCUUGUGCUAUGGUUUGUAUACAAAAUGGAGAUAUAUUUAUGUUUGAUGAACCAUCCAGUUACCUUGAUGUUAAACAACGUUUGAAGGCAGCUUUGACUAUACGGUCCUUAAUUGCUCCUGAUAAGUAUAUUAUUGUAGUAGAGCAUGAUUUAUCAGUUUUGGAUUAUUUGUCUGACUAUAUAUGUGUUCUUUAUGGAGUGCCUGGAGCCUAUGGAGUUGUUACUAUGCCUUUUUCAGUACGUGAAGGAAUAAAUAUAUUUUUGGAUGGAUUUGUGCCAACUGAAAAUCUGCGUUUUAGAGAUGAAAGUCUCAUAUUCAAAGUUUCAGAAAGUGCCACUGAAGAAGAAGUAAAGCGUAUGACCCAUUAUGAAUAUCCAGAAAUGUCAAAAACUUUAGGCAACUUUUAUUUGAAAGUUGAAACAGGACAAUUUACAGAUUCUGAAAUUUUAGUUUUAUUGGGUGAAAAUGGAACUGGCAAAACAACAUUCAUUAAACUUUUAGCUGGAAUAAUGGCACCUGAUGGUGGAAAAGCUGAUCUACCAAGAUUGAAUGUAAGCUACAAACCUCAAAAAAUUAGUCCUAAGAGUCAAUGUAUGGUUCGUGUACUUUUACAUGAAAAAAUUCGAGAUGCUUAUGUUCAUCCACAAUUUGUAACAGAAGUGAUGAAACCAUUAAAAAUUGAUGACAUCAUGGAUCAAGAAGUUCAAAACUUAUCUGGAGGAGAAUUACAACGAGUUGCUAUAGCUCUAUGCUUAGGAAAACCAGCAGAUAUAUAUUUAAUUGAUGAACCAUCUGCAUAUCUAGAUUCUGAACAACGUUUAGUAGCUGCUAAAGUUAUUAAACGAUUCAUUUUACAUGCUAAAAAAACGGGAUUUGUUGUGGAACACGAUUUUAUUAUGGCAACAUAUUUAGCAGAUCGAGUUAUUGUAUUAGAAGGUCAACCUUCAGUAACAUCUACAGCAAAUACUCCUCAAGGAUUAUUAGCUGGAAUGAAUAGAUUUUUAGAGCUCCUUGGAAUUACAUUCAGAAGAGAUCCCAACAAUUUUAGACCUAGGAUUAAUAAGACAAAUUCUGUUAAGGACGUAGAACAAAAGCGAGCAGGUCAAUACUUCUUUUUAGAAGAUUAAGAUACUACAAAUAGUUGUUUCAUUAAGACUAUCUCAAAUAUCUAAUUGAAUACAAUUUAAAUAAUAUAUGAAUUUAAUCAAUUUAAUA